AUGAAUGGUGCUUUUGGGCGGCAAAGGGAGUAUUAUAUUGCCCUUCGAGCUAGUCCAUUUCCGGCAGACUCGACGGAUAACGACGAUUGCACCUUAAAUCUGGAAUACUCUCGAGUCUCAUUUCAAAUUAUAGUACUACCAUCGGGAUCUAGAUCGUUUCAAUGGUCGCUAGCGAAUGUUUCGCGAUUCUACCGACCUUCCACGUGUGGCGACUUGAACCUUGCCGUUCCCCACGGACAUUGCUUGGAUCCGGGGUGUAAUUUUGCCGAUAUUCUGACAAAAUAUUUUCGUCGAGGGACAUACGAAUUGGACGACGUUGAAAUGAAAAAACCGUCGGAAGCCGCCCGCGACAGAUAUAGGACGUCUGAUAGUUUCCAAACGAUAUAUUGUGCUGCUCAUUGCACCCGAGUCGAUGCGAAAGGUACCUGCAGUAGGCCAUCAGGACACCGGCCCAUUCAGGAUGUCAGGACGAUACGAAACUCCACUGUCAGCUGUGCGACGCCCAAUACGGCAGUUCUAUCUGCCAAGGGUUCGAGGAGGAGUGCCUUUCCAUGGCAGACGGCAAGGUCGGACUUCGCAUACAGAAUAUUACCUAUCAGACCGAUUCCAGUGUUGGCCACUCAGCCACCUGCUCAAUUACUGCCCACUGGCAUCUGUAUACCUCAUUCAUCUUUGACAGAAGCAUUAUCAACCUUGUGGUUCCAGCAAUUCAUUCCAACAUCAUCGACCGUUCAGCUCGCCUUGUAUCCUCGCCCAUUCUCCUAUGACGCGAGAAUAGGGACACAGGAGAGGAGGGAGGGGGUGAACAAAGUCCCAUUUAUCGGGUCAUCAAUAAUCGCACAGUCAAGUGACCACUCAUCGACAUCUCAGGAAAGGGCUCAACAGGGCUCAACCAGAUCCAAUGAUGACGGAAAGGAGUGCUACCACCCCGCGGCUUAUCCCGGUCAAACCUCCCCUUUCUUGUGCCAGUUACACGUGUAG